UGAACCGCAAUACACUCGUGUAUAUCAUUUCAUUUUCAAAGUAACCAUAAUUUGAUGCCAACGUUGAAUAUACAUGUAUGCCUUUAUUAGUAUUCACUGCAUCAAAAUGGCGUCUUUUGGGUGGUUGCGACACCACUUGUUCCUGUGGCGACCCAUUCUGGUGUUUUUCUGGAUAAAUUGUGUUUACAGCCAAAGCGAUGGCUCUGUCCGCCUGGAGGAUGGAUUUGGAGCUAGCAGCGGUCGGGUAGAAGUUUACUACAACAGUCAGUGGAACAAGGUCUGCGAUUACUUUUUCACUCUUGAUGAAGCCGAGGUUGUGUGCCGACAACUGGGCUACGAUAAUGUACAGUUGAGAAAUGGAGAUUUUGACUACGGAACAUCCGGGAUAAAUUCAUAUGUACAAAUAUUUUGCAUUUAUUCGGGUUCUCUUGAUCUGAAUGGUUGUUCGAUUUCACCUUUGAUUAGCCCAACGUACUGUUCCGCUGCAGGAGUAGACUGUGGGUAUGGGAGUUACACAACGACAAUAACCCCCACGGACAGCAUUGGGAUCUACGAUAUUCGGCUUGUGGACGGUCCGUCUUCCAACGAAGGGAGGAUCGAGAUCUGGUACAAUGGCCAAUGGAACACCAUAUGUGGUAGUACCUGGACACACAACUCAGCAGAGGUUGUUUGUCGGCAGCUUGGUUAUGACACUGAAGACGUCGAGAUAUCAACUGGCUACUAUGGCCAAGGGUCAGGACCGAUUCAACACGCCCAGUGCUUUGGAUGGGAGUAUACCUUGGAUGAUUGUACUCUUUCUUCUGGGAUUUACUUAUGUAAUCAUGAUAAUGAUGCGGGAGUAAGAUGUGGUUACACAUCAUCAGGGACUACAUCUAGACGACUGAUCGGUACUAUGGCAUUCGUCGGAGUGGCUUUGUUUCUCAUUACCAUCGCUGCCAUAGUAGCAGUCGUGUUCGUGUGCAGCCAACAGAAGGCUCCUGCAGGAGCUACUGUUGGAAUGCAGCAGCUCACUACUCUCACCACCACCACCCCUGGACCUACACAGGCAUCGGUUGCACCAAUGCCUGCUCCUGUCUCUGCUGAUGUUCCAGUUUAGAUGAUAUAGACACAAUAGAGAUAAACAAACCAAGAUCAGGAUGGUUAUAUCCAAGCAGCUGUUCUGAAGACUGACAAUCUUUGCGGACAAGUUCCUCAUUCAGCAAUAUAAAAGUUUUAGCAAUAAAUCAAAUAAUUAUUAUCGAUAUAGUCAAGACGUACAGUGAAAACAAAUCAUGUUAGAUGGUAACGACUUAUAUUAGCCAAAUUCAAAGCGAUCUUAUUUGCUUGAGAAUCAAACCUUUCGGCUUCUGUCGUUGUAAGCAAUGUCUGAUCUGACAUAGCUUUUGUAUUUUUUUUUGUUAAACCCAUAUACAAUUUACCUUUCAACAUGAUUGCUUAUGGAUUGUAUCCAUUUUUCCCAAUGUCUAUACUCAAAUUUAAAUGGUUAUAUUUAUUUAUAUUUGAGUCCUGAUAUUGUUCAAUAUUAUAUGCAGACCCUUAAUUCUACUCAAAGAGUGCGGUAAUGUGAUUUUGCUGCAAUUACGUACACCUGACUCGAGGACUGAUUUUAGGGCUAUAGGCUUGGGAUGUGGUAUGAUGUACAGUAUAGUGUUUCAUACGUGAUAUAUGGGCAGAUUUUCCAUCCAGAAGAAAUCUUCGCCUUGCAAAUUCCAUGGAACCGCGCUGAAGUGCCAGGUAGACUGACCUAAUAGAGACAUCCCACUGAUCAAAUAAUGAGAGCGCGAAACGCGAGCUAAAAAUUUUUGUAUUCAGAUCUUAAAAGGGAUAUAUAUAACUGCAUGUAUAAGCAAUUUUUUAUAAUCAUGACACAUACCUGUCUCGCUGAACAAAUAAUGCGGGCGUGUAGCGCGACCUGAAAUUUGUGUAUAAUUAUAU